GAGGAAUCGGAAAAUGAUGAUGGGAGGAAAUAGAUGGCAGGGGGGAGGCGUGAUUAUGAGUUUCAUCCUAUGGCCACGCUGCCUUUGUGCUUCCCCCGAAGUACCGCAAGCUGUCGCGCCUUUCAGAACAGCAGCACACCGCUGAGUAUGCGGAGCUGGCGAACAAGCUCUGCGCCAUCCUGCGGUGUAGCGUCAGGAGUCAGGACGGAGAAGCACGGGACGCCAACGGAACGACCGGCGCUGGGGACGUUCAGAGGCCAGCAACAUAUGUACACGUACGCGGUUAGCUUCCCCUGGAGUGCGUGUCAAUGCGGACGCUCGUGCAGGCAAGACCGCGGAGGGCGUACAUGUACAUAUGUCGUUGCUCGCCCAGGACGUGGCAAUGAAAUUUGUGCUAACCUUGACCAUGCCCAUCUUGGGCAUGUGGGUCGUGUGUAGCCAUCCUGGUCCAUAAACUGAGCGGUGAGGCUUGGGGAGGUGUUAAGGGGUGUCGGGUUGCCGAUUUCCAAGGUGCAGCGAUACCUCUUGUCCGAGAUCUACACAGGCAGGACGGGGAGUAUACCUGGUUUAAGCUGUCAGAGUGGAUGCAAGUCGAGAUCAUAGAUAUAUUUGCGAAGUCUCUCGAUCACACUCCGUGGUUCCGCUUCCCGUUCAAGGAUUUCUUGCGCAUCUAUUUCCGGGUGUUGUUGCAAGAGGCGUCGGUGGUGGAGGCAAAGUUAGGAUUUAUGAAGGCGUAUUUCAGUUCAGCCUUCAUCACUGACCUGAUCCCCGGAGUGGUCAUGGCUGUGCUCUUCGGUCAAUUGCAGUGGCUGGCGGCGCCGCUGGUCGCUACACAGUCUGGGUAUGAGGACCAAGAUAAGGAACGCCUGUUAGAAGAGCUGGUUCUACACCACCCCCCUGCCAUUGACCACUCUAUCUUUGGAGAGGGCGGUACCGCGCUGACCCCCAAGGGGGGCAUGGAGAGGCAGAGGUGCGGGAAGGCCUUCCGGCCGGAGAUCUCACUGGGCAGUCGCGGCACAGACACGAUCACCGCGCAGGCCGAGCUGAACGUGCAGCGGCAGCAGCGGGAGCGGACGGAAGGGUCGCAGACUGCCCAGGGGAGGGGGCCGAUCCCCUUCUCGAGCGCGAGCGACCAGCGCAAUAGCUCCCUGGGCCAGUUCUGGUACAGCAUCCACCCGAGCAUCGCGCAGGUGAGGCGAAUCUCUCCGAUGCUGAGCGUGGUGGCCACGCCGCCCUUCAAGACGAUGGGGGACGUCCUACUGAACAUCGCCGUGCGCAUCCCGGGCGCCACGUGUUUGCAGAUCAGCAACCAGUCAGAGGUGCAAGUCCGAAUCUCGGUGAACACGGUGGUCGAAGAUGCAGCACGGGGCUGCGCCAGCGGCACGGAGGGCCGUGCUCCCACCAGCGGUGGGGAGGCCGGGGGAAUCGCGAAGGAGCAGCAGGACAGGAUCGCAGCGUCGAUCAGGGAGAAGCUGGAGAGGAACCGGGGGGUGAAGGUGCUGAGCACAUAUUCCUAUCCUCUGGACGGGCCGCACCCCAAGCAGGCGCCCCCGAAGCUGCAGAUGGCCCUCGGCGUGCAGGCGCCCCAGCUGCUGUGCCUGAUUCGGGACUGCAUUGCGCAGGGCAUCUGCGUCGAGCAGAUCUACGACUUCUGGUGCGGAUAGUUCUGCGCGAGCACCUCGGUCGAAAUGGGUCGCACCUCGCGCAGGCCCCUCCCAGGUCGGAGGCGGCCCCCGUCGCCGACGCAUCCAGGUCGAUGUGCCCUCGUGCGCGACUGCACUGUGCAGGGCUUCUCUGGUACUGUUGCUGCUUUUCAGGGCGAUGGGCGAGCCAGGGCGCCCGUGCGCAGGGGUCUGGCAACCAUGGGAAGGUGAUCGACACAACGAGGUGAUGAACUGGGAGGUGAUCUGUAGCGAUUCUCAGUUGUGCCGUAUGUCUCGGGGGUGGACAGAACCCCCAACAGUGACACGUCGAUUAGUGAAUUGUCC